AUGUACCUGAUCACUGUGUUGGGAAACCUGCUCAUCAUCCUGGCUGUCAGCUCAGACUCCCACCUCCACACACCCAUGUACUUCUUUCUCUCCAACCUGUCCUUGGUAGACAUCUGUUUCACCUCCACCACCGUCCCAAAGAUGCUGUGGAACAUCCAGACACAGAGCAAACUUAUAACCUAUGAAGGCUGCAUUGCACAGAUUUAUUUUUUCAUACUCUUUGCAGUGUUGGAUGACUUCCUUUUGACUGUAAUGGCCUAUGACCGCUUCAUGGCCAUCUGUCACCCUCUGCACUACACAGUCGUCAUGAACCCCAGGCUCUGUGGACUGAUGGUUCUGGUGUGCUGGAUCAUUAUUGUCUCCUUAUUUUAUGGAACAAGCCUAGGAGUGUACCUCAGCUCUGCUGCUACCAAUAGCUCAUACUCAAGUACAAUAGCCUCAGUGAUAUACGCCGUGGUCACACCCAUGCUGAACCCCUUCAUUUACAGUCUAAGGAACAAAGACAUAAAAAGGGCCAUGAAAAGAUUCUUUGUGAUGGUAGCUAUAAAAAAAACCACUUGUAGAGCAAAGCUUACAACUCAGAGUGGUCCUCAGACCAGGACCUGCAAAAUCAGCAUUUUCCUGAAACUUAUGAGAAAAGCAGAUGCUCUGAGCCCACCAGGACCUGCUGAAUCAGUAUCUGCACUUGAACAAGAAUCUUGGGUGAUUCAUAGUGAUGAAAACUAA